GUUGGAUAUAUAUAAGAGGUCACAAAAGUUCACCCAGUUUUCGAAACCCUAGUGUAGGAGAAGAGAGGGCCGUAGUGAUUCUCACAUCCUCUUGUGCCAAUGAAGUUCAACAUAGCCAAUCCGACCACUGGAUGCCAGAAGAAGCUGGAAAUCGACGAUGACGUUAAGCUCCGGGUUUUUUGGGACAAGAGGAUAUCUCAAGAAGUCAGUGGAGAUGCACUUGGAGAUGAGUUCAAAGGGUAUGUUUUCAAGAUUAUGGGUGGUUGUGACAAGCAGGGCUUCCCGAUGAAGCAGGGUGUCCUGACCCCUGGUCGUGUGAGACUCCUGCUGCACCGUGGAACCCCAUGCUUCCGUGGUUAUGGUAGGAGAAACGGUGAGCGCAGAAGGAAGUCUGUCCGUGGCUGCAUUGUGAGCCCUGAUCUCUCUGUCCUUAACUUGGUUAUUGUGAAAAAGGGCGACAAUGAUCUUCCUGGUCUCACUGAUACUGAGAAACCAAGGAUGAGAGGUCCAAAGAGGGCUUCAAAGAUCCGCAAGCUCUUCAACCUUAACAAGGAAGAUGAUGUUAGGAAGUAUGUUAAUACAUACCGUCGUGAAUUCACCACCAAAGCUGGGAAGAAAGUCAGCAAAGCUCCUAAGAUUCAAAGGUUGGUCACUCCCCUCACCCUGCAGAGGAAGAGAGGCAGAAUUGCUGAGAAAAAGAAGAGAAUCGCCAAGGCUAAAUCGGAAGCUGCUGAUUACCAAAAGCUCCUUGCUCAAAGGUUGAAGGAGCAAAGGGAAAGACGCAGUGAGAGCUUGGCUAAGCGGAGGUCUAAACUCUCUACAGCCUCGAAGCCAUCUAUUGCUGCUUGAUUGUCAUCUAGGAUCUCAUCCCUUCGUGUAUGUCAGUGCCAUUUUUGGCUUGGUGUUUUGCUGGUCUUAGAUUAAGGGGUUUUUAUGUAUUUUCUGCUACUUUGCUUCUCUUAAUAUUUUCAAAGCUUGUGUUGUUUAAUAUACUCUAGUUCAAUAUAUGUAUACGUUUCUUGCA